GCCCCGGAGCUGAGCCCGGCCUCCGCCCGUCCGCCCCCGCGUGGGCUUCGCGACGCGCCGAGGACCGUCCGGCUCUGAGCAGCCCAGGCGUGCAGAAUGCCGCACAAGAUUGGAUUUGUAGUUGUCAGUUCAUCUGGACACGAAGAUGGCUUCAGUGCUCGGGAACUAAUGAUCCACGCGCCGACCGUCAGUGGGUGGAGGUCACCAAGAUUUUGCCAGUUUCCACAAGAAAUUGUUCUUCAGAUGGUGGAGAGAUGUCGAAUAAGAAAACUACAGCUACUCGCUCACCAGUACAUGAUCUCAAGUAAAAUCGAGUUCUACGUCAGUGAAAGCUUGCCUGAGUAUUUUGUGCCAUAUCAAGCAGAGCGGUUUCGAAGGCUUGGCUAUGUCUCCCUCUGCAAUAACGAAAAGACAGGCUGCAAAGCCCGAGAACUAAAAUCAGUCUAUGUGGAUGCAGUAGGGCAAUUUCUUAAGCUGAUUUUCCACCAAAACCAUGUCAACAAAUACAACAUAUAUAAUCAGGUUGCUUUGGUUGCAGUAAAUAUCAUUGGAGACCCUGCAGAUUUCAGUGAUGAAAGCAAUAUUACCUCUAGAGAGAAGUUGAUUGACCAUUAUCUUGGGCACAACACUGAGGAUCCAGCUCUGGAAGGCACCUAUGCGGGGAGAUCUGACUAUAUUUCUCCACUAGAUGACUUGGCUUUUGAUAUGUACCAAGAUCCAGAAGUUGCACAGAUUAUACGCAAAUUAGAUGAAAGAAAACGUGAAGCUGUCCAAAAGGAACGUUAUGAUUACGCCAAGAAACUAAAACAAGCUAUUGCUGAUUUGCAAAAGGUUGGUGAGCGUCUUGGAAGGUAUGAGGUGGAAAAACGCUGUGCUGUGGAGAAAGAAGACUACGAUCUUGCCAAGGAGAAGAAGCAGCAGAUGGAGCAGUACCGCGCCGAGGUGUACGAGCAGCUGGAGCUCCACAGCCUCUUGGACGCCGAGCUGAUCCGAAGACCUUUUGGUUUGCCCCUCCAGCCCCUUGUUCAUUCUGGCAGUCCUUGCCACCAGAAGCUGGUGCCCUCCCUACCACAGCCAGAAGAAAGAGUAGCUGAAAACUGGUUUGCAGAACCCUUCCUCCAGGAAAAGCCUUCGUCCCAUUCUCUGACUACUUCUCCUCAGCGUUCUGCGGUAGACCACUUGCUGCCUGCCACAAAUCCUCAUCCAGAGGCAGAGUCCCUGCCCUAUGACGAGCGGCCUCUCCCAGCCUUUCGCAAGCAGCCGGGGGAAGCAUCGCUGGAGCCCGGAGCGGGUGAGGUGGACGCCAGCACCGCUGGGAGAGGAGGCGUGUCAGGGGAGCCGGAGCCCUUGACAGAGAAGGCCUUGAGAGAAGCCAGCUCUGCCAUCGAUGUGCUGGGAGAGACGCUGGUGGCUGGGGCCUAUUCCAAGACGUGGUCCUACCGAGAGGAUGCACUGCUUGCUUUGUACCAAAAGUUGAUGGAGAUGCCUGUUGGAACCCCAAAAGAAGAUUUAAAGAGCACACUGAGGGCGUCCAUCUUUCUCAUUAGAAGAGCCAUCAAGGACAUUGUGACCUCAGUCUUCCAGGCUUCUUUGAAAUUGUUGAAAAUGAUAAUCACACAAUAUAUCCCCAAACAUAAACUGAGCAAACUCGAAACAGCCCACUGUGUGGACAGAACCGUUCCCGUUUUGCUCUCCAGAACCGGAGAUUCUUCCACCCGCCUCCGUGUCAUAGCUGCAAAUUUUAUUCAGGAAAUGGCCUUGUUUAAGGAAGUGAAGUCCCUGCAAAUUAUCCCAUCUUACUUGGUGCAGCCAUUGAAAGGAAACGCUUCGAUUCACCUGGCAAUGAGUCAGACGGGCCUUCUGGCCCGACUGCUUAAAGACCUGGGCACUGGGAGCUCAGGCUUCACUGUCGACAACGUGAUGAAGUUUUCAGUGAGUGCCCUGGAGCACAGAGUGUAUGAGGUGCGAGAAACAGCGGUUAGAAUUAUUUUGGACAUGUAUAAACAGCACCAGGCUUUUAUUCUAGAGUACCUCCCUCCAGAUGACAACCACACUCGCAAGAAUGUCCUCUACAAAACAAUCUUUGAGGGAUUUGCUAAAAUAGAUGGCAGACCUACAGAUGCUGAAAUUAGGGCACAGAAAAAAGCCGCUACAGAAGCAGCAGAAAAACAAAAGAAGGAAGAAAUCAAAGCUUUACAAGGGCAGUUGGCAGCACUGAGAGAAAUUCAGGCUGAAGUCCAGGAAAAGGAGAGUGAUGCUGGGAAGCCAAGGAAUCCGGACACUCAAGGAAGAAAAGCAGCUUUGCCUGAUGCUCUGGCAAUUCCAGAUGAUCACUAUUUAGAUAACUUGUGUAUCUUUUGUGGGGAGAGAAGCAAGUCCUUCACGGAGGAAGGUCUGGACCUCCACUACUGGAAGCACUGCCUCAUGCUGACAAGAUGUGGCCACUGCAAGCAGGUGGUUGAGAUCUCCAGCCUGACGGAGCACUUGCUGACAGAAUGUGACAAGAAAGAAGGGUUUGGGAAGUGUUACCGCUGCAGCGAGGCCAUUUUAAAAGAAGAGCUGCCGAGACACAUAAAAGCCAAGAGUUGUAACCCUGCCAAACCAGAGAAGCUGGCAAACCGGUGUCCUCUGUGCCAUGAGAACUUCACACCAGGAGAAGAGGCCUGGAAAGCUCACCUGAUGGGCCCAGCUGGCUGCACGUCGCACCUGCGUAGGACUCACCUUCUGCAGAAGGCCCUUGUGCUACCGCCAGGGAAAGGCUCCGUAACAGCCAAAGCAGGGACCUCAGGAUCAAAGGUUGGAAGCAAGAUCCCUACCCCGAAGGGAGGCCUGAGUAAAAGCUCCAGCAGGACACACACAAAGCCGUGACGUGACAGACAUUCUGUCUCCUUUGUCUACCUAAGGGACUGAGCAAGUGUCCUGACUCAUAACCAUUUCUCCUAACUCUUUUGCACUUGGCAACCCCGUGCUCCGUUCCUGCUGUCCCUCAGCUGUGCUCAGCCGCUUGUGAGUGGGUGCCCCGUCAGCUCUCGUGGCACAGUGUGUGUAGAACUGACCCAGAGCAGCCCUCAUCCAGCUGUGUGCAGCUUUUGGGCCUCUCUCAGGCCAUGAUCAGACCCAGAAGAGCAGUUGUUCUGCUGGAGAAAGCCAGAAACCAUUGCCUGGAAGGGAACCAAAGCAGUGGACAGGUAGGGUCAGCACAAGCGUAGCACUCUCUCUCCUCAGUUGUUGGAAGUGAUUGCCAUAAAAUGUUCACUGUCAACCUUUUGCAUAUUGGUCUCUGUCACACACGGUAGGAUUUCCACACAGGCAGGACCUUGGCUCAGCAGGGCAGUGGUACCAGGAGAGCGACAUCUGCAUGAGCAUGUCUCACUGUGCCUUUUGUCCCCACAGGCCCUUUCUGUUAGGUUUUCUGCCUAGUGCACUCACUUA